ACCGGUGGCCGAGCGGCCAGCAGCUGCAGUGUAUUGCGAACGCGCGUGUCCGUUGCGCUCGUAACGUACUCGCAGUCGCGCGCGCUCGCCUCUCGUGCGUCGUUUUCGUGUAAAACACGUCCGUCGCAAUUACCACAAAUUCGUCGUCGUAAUACGUCCGCGAAUCACCGUCACAGUGGCCACCACUGCCCCCGCCGGCGGCAUGAACGUCGCUCCGGUUUAUCCGGGUUUCCCGGAAUACGCGGGUUACUCCGACGGCACCACCACAGCCGCCGCCGCGACAGUCACUGCGGCGAAUGGCCUGGCUGACGAUGAGAAACGCUCUCCCAAGAGGUCCCGGUCCACCGUCUUGACCGGAUUGCGGGCCGUCUUUGAACCGUCCAUGAACCGGUUGUCGAUGAAGAUUUACGGCAGUGAGAAGGCCGUGCUCAAGGAACGACUCAGGCAACGAUCCCUGGGUGCUUGGAUCAUCCACCCCUGUUCCAAGUUCAGGUUUUAUUGGGAUUUGUGCAUGCUCCUGUUAUUGGUUGCCAAUUUGAUUAUACUUCCGGUUGGAAUAUCUUUUUUCAACGACGAUUUCGAUACAAGAUGGAUAAUAUUUAAUUGUUUAUCGGAUACGAUAUUUCUCGUGGACAUUAUCGUAAACUUUAGAACGGGCAUCUUACAAACGGACAAUUCUGAACAAGUGAUAUUAGAACCAAAACUGAUAGCUAGAAAUUACUUGCGAUCCUGGUUCUUCCUGGAUCUGAUUAGUUCUCUCCCAUUGGAUUAUCUAUUUCUUAUGUUUAAUCAGGAUGUGGGUGAAGGUAUACAGAUUUUACACGCUGGUCGAGCUCUUCGCAUUCUUCGACUUGCGAAGCUACUAAGUUUAGUGAGAUUACUCCGUUUAUCAAGAUUGGUGCGCUAUGUUAACCAAUGGGAAGAAGUAUACAUGUUAAGAAUAAGAUCGGACAUGUCGUCGGAUCAACAAGGUCAGAUUGAAAGCCGAUCCAUGAUCAAGUUCCUGAACAUGGCCAGUGUGUUUAUGAGGAUAUUCAAUUUAAUAUGCAUGAUGUUACUCAUUGGACAUUGGUCUGGAUGUCUACAAUUUCUUGUUCCUAGCUUACAAGGAUUUCCGGCCAAUUCGUGGGUUGCCAUUAACGAGUUACAGGACACCGAUUGGGCUGAACAAUAUUCGUGGUCCCUGUUUAAAGCCAUGUCGCAUAUGUUAUGCAUUGGUUAUGGUCGGUUCCCUCCUCAGUCGUUAACUGAUAUGUGGUUGACAAUGUUAUCUAUGAUUAGUGGAGCCACGUGUUAUGCUUUAUUUUUGGGGCACGCCACUAAUUUGAUACAAAGCUUGGAUUCAUCCCGUAGACAGUAUCGUGAAAAGGUCAAACAAGUAGAAGAAUACAUGUCGUACAGACGGCUGCCGUUGGACAUGCGCAAGAGGAUAACCGAAUACUUCGAGCACAGGUACCAGGGAAAGUUUUUCGACGAAAAGUGGAUAUUGGACGAAAUGUCCGACAAACUACGCGAGGACGUUCGUAAUUACACUUGCCGGAGGUUAGUGACAAAUUUGCCACUUUUGCAGAACGCCGACACCAACCUUCUCACUGAAUUGACUGAUUGUUUAGAGUUUGAAAUGUUCCAGCCUGGUGACACGGUCAUGCGCGAAGGGACGGCAGCCACGAAGAUGUACUUCGUGCACGAGGGCGUUGUCGAGGUGUUGGUGGCCGGUGGCCAGGAGGUGGUGGCCACGCUGAGCGACGGCAGUUACUUCGGCGAGACGUGCCUGUGGGCAUCUGGGGCCCGGCGUCCCGUCAGCGUGCGGGCCGACACGUACUGCAACCUGUUCUCGCUGUCGGCGACCGCGUUUACCAGGGUCAUGGACCGGUACCCCAAGUUCAAGGACCACGUGACCUCCGUGCUGGUCGACCGCGCCAACC